CAAAGACAAACGUUUUGAUUAUUCUUUUGAUUACUGUAAUUGAAUGACAGAAAUUACCUAAAAAAUUUAUCAUUUUUCCUUUCUUCUUUGAAAAAUCUCUUUGGAUCCCUCUUCUCAUCCUCCAUAUAUAUUCCUUUUAGCUCUGCCAGGCUGCCUACUUUUGUCGAGAGCCCAUCUCAUUUCUUCGAAGGAAUUAAGAAAAAUUGUUCGGAGUCGAAAUAAGAGAAGAAAUGGUAGAUCAGUUGACAGAUGAUCAGAUCUCUGAGUUCAAGGAGGCCUUUAGCCUUUUUGACAAAGACGGCGAUGGAUGCAUCACAACCAAGGAGCUGGGUACUGUAAUGAGAUCCUUAGGGCAGAAUCCGACCGAAGCUGAGCUUCAAGACAUGAUAAACGAGGUUGAUGCCGAUGGUAAUGGAACCAUUGAUUUCCCCGAGUUUUUGAACCUUAUGGCCAGGAAAAUGAAGGAUACCGAUUCUGAGGAGGAGCUUAAAGAGGCUUUCCGUGUUUUUGACAAGGAUCAGAAUGGUUUCAUUUCUGCUGCUGAGCUGCGCCAUGUGAUGACUAAUCUUGGCGAGAAGCUGACUGAUGAGGAAGUAGACGAGAUGAUUAGGGAAGCUGAUGUUGAUGGCGAUGGACAAAUCAAUUACGAAGAGUUUGUCAAGGUGAUGAUGGCAAAGUAAUAUCCCUGUCUAGUAAAUCUUAUGAAUAAAAAUAAGAACAAAACUGAAGAAAAAAAAAUGAUAAAUAGGGUCGAGUACGUACUUGUUUCUGUUUUCAUUAUUUUAUGUUAUGGUUUUUAGUUCAAACUUCUGUUGUAAUGUUGGUGGAAAAUCCUUUUUAUUGCUUAUGUAAUAUUUCUUUCUCACGAUGGUCGCAACUCUUCCAUUUGUCAAUUCGUUAAACGCAUGGACUGAUCGAACAAAGUUGUUAAGCUAGUCCUGUCGGAUUA